AUGGCCUUCAGAAUCCAGCGUCUUAGAGAAGGGUGGACUCGAGAACAACUCGAAUUACGAGAACAUUCUAUAAUAGAAGAUAAGGAUAUUAUUUUGGAGAAAUUAAGUAAUGGUACUUUACUUGUCGGAGGCUUGGAUAUAUCAUACAGUGGUAUCGAUUCAACUGCCUUCGUUGGUGUUUCCGUUGUGACAAUUGGAAAUCCAUCUUUAAAUAAACAGUGUGAAACCCUAAUCGUCGACACCUUCAAGGUUGAAAUCAAGGGGUUUUACGUCCCUGGUUUCCUUGCCUUUCGAGAAGUUCCCGCCUAUAUUGAAGCAAUUGAGGCCUUCAAGACCAAAUACCCGGAUGGCCCAACUCCUGACAUUUGGAUGGUGGAUUGCAAUGGAACGCUCCACCCACGU